AUGGUGUGGCCGUUUGGAUCGCGAUCCCAGACAUCGAAGAACACCGACGACGAAGUCGAAUCUACGAAACACCCUGUGCCAUGGUCUGAAUCCCUUGGGAAAGCCAAGGUUGACCCUCUAGGCGCCGCCAAAGAAUGGGCACCUGUCGUGGUGUUCUCCCUGGCUGGGCUCGGUGCUUUGCAACUCUACGCCAAUUAUCUUCGUCGGAUUCCAGGUGCAGCCUUUGUGCGGCCGUCAUUCUUUCGUAAUCGCAGCCUAUACGGCCGAGUUACCAGCGUUGGUGAUGGCGACAACUUCCAUCUCUUCCACACCCCAGGUGGGAAGACAGUUGGCUGGGGCUGGCUGAGAAAGAUACCUGAAACCAGAAAAGAACUCAAGGACCGAACGAUACCGGUCCGUAUUGCUGGUAUUGACGCUCCAGAAGGUGCGCAUUUUGGACGCCCUGCUCAACCAUUCGCCGCAGAAGCUCUAAAAUGGCUGUCGGAUUAUAUCCUGCACCGAAAUGUGCGGGCUUAUAUUUAUAAACGCGACCACUACAACCGCAUUGUUGCGACAGUCUACGUUCGUCGGUUUCUUAUCCGCAGAAAUGUUGGUCUAGAGAUGGUCAAACGUGGCCUGGCCACUACGUACGAGGCUAAAUCGGGCGGCGAAUACGGCGGACUGAAAGCAGUGUACGAGAAGGCCGAGGCCAAGGCGAAGAGGAAAAGGAAGGGGAUGUGGGCUGGGAAAGCAAGUGAAUUUGAAAGCCCCAGGGAGUACAAAUCGCGGUAUCACGGACAGCAGAAGACAGAUGAGUGA